AUGAGCAGCACGGAGAUCCAGAAUUCGGGAGAGGAGCCCUGCGUUCGCCUGGAGCACCUACCGGGCAAGAGUCCGCACCUAGCGGGCAAGGCGUCUCCGCAGGUGAACAACCGCUGGGAUGCGCCUCAAGUGACGGCCAACGGGGUCCAUGACAUUGAGGACCGGAUUUUACGAAUCACUGGUUAUUACGGCUAUAAACCCGGGUACUCCAGCCACAGAAGAGAGGAGGGCUCAGAAUCACAUGCAGAGACUCCAGUCAGUGAAACAAGUGGAAAAGGCCCUGCAUACCAGGCCUGCGCCAACACAGUGCUCAAGGUGCUGGGGGGUUUGCUGGUGGUGCUGUGUGUCUCCUCGUCCUGGGUGGGCAUCACACAGGUGGUCCAGCUCACGUUCAAAUCCUUUUCCUGUCCCUUUUUCAUCACAUGGUUCAGCACCAACUGGAACAUUUUCUUCUUCCCCCUCUACUAUUCUGGGCAUGUGGCCACCACCAAAGAAAAACGGACGCCCAUUCAGAAAUUCAGGGAAUGUAGUCGGUUGUUUGGGGAGGACGGAAUGUCUCUGAAGGUGUUUCUGAAGAGAACAGCACCUUUCUCAAUCUUAUGGACACUUACUAACUACCUGUACCUGUUAGCACUAAGAAAACUAACAGCUACAGACGUCUCGGCGCUCUACUGCUGCCACAAGGCCUUUGUCUUCCUCUUGUCGUGGAUUGUCCUCAAGGAUCGCUUCAUGGGUGUGCGGAUUGUGGCUGCCAUUAUGGCUAUCACAGGCAUUGUGAUGAUGGCUUAUGCUGAUGGUUUUCAUGGGGAUUCCUUUAUGGGUGUGGCCUUAGCAGUUGGCUCCGCCUCCACUUCUGCUCUCUACAAGGUGCUGUUUAAGAUGUUCCUCGGCAGUGCAAAUCUGGGCGAGGCUGCUCAUUUCUUCUCCACCAUGGGCAUUUUCAAUCUCAUCUUUAUCUCCUGCGUUCCCCUCAUCCUGUACUUCACCAGGGUGGAGCACUGGGGCUCCCUCUCCUCUUUGCCCUGGGGUUACCUCUGCGGGGUGGCCGGCCUUUGGCUAGUAUUUAACAUCCUGGUCAAUGUAGGAGUGGUGCUCACGUAUCCUAUCCUCAUAUCCAUUGGAACGUUACUCAGUGUUCCAGGCAAUGCAGCUAUUGAUGUACUGAAGCAUGAGGUCAUCUUCAGCGUGGUGCGUCUGGCUGCCACCUGCAUCAUCUGCCUGGGCUUCCUGCUGCUGCUGCUCCCUGAGGAGUGGGACACGGUCACCCUGCGCUUCCUCACCACCCUGGCCGACAAGAAGACGGAGGAGCACGGCGAGGAGCUCUCAGAAUCCAGCGUCCACACACGCAGCCGGAGUAGAGCCAACGGAGCCGUAUCCAUCCCCAUGGCAUGACCUUUGACCUGUGAAUGAACAGCCAGCGAUCAACACUGAUCCUCCCUAUGAGUAUGUGGCAGUUUGACUCUAUUUAUAUGUUAGAAAGACAAAAGAGAAGUGAAGAGGAAGGAUGUUUUUUUCUUUAAUAAUAAUCACAACAUCAACCAAUCAGAACACAGAAAGUCUCCGAACGAUAAGAGCAUGCUGUCCUGCUCUUUAAUAGAGUGUUCUGAGAAGAGUGUCCCAUUAAAACAGGGAUACUUACUGACAGUAUUUUAUUUUAUUUUUUAUUUACAAAAGGGAUCUAGCAUUCUCUUCCCUGCAAUCUCUAUGGGAAGAUACGCAUCCAUUCCAUAGAAAUGGAAUUUCUGACUUUUGUC